AUGAAUUAUGAUAUGGGCUUCUCAAGGAUUUCAGACACAGUAGCUGAUCUCGUAUCAAAUACAUUAAAGCCAGAAGAUUAUACUGAUGAGCCUAGCGCAAAAGAAAAUCUAGAAACGGUUUUCAAACAAUAUUCAAGUCAUAUCAUCGAUAUAGAUCAGCUUAAAGAGCUUUGCAGGCCAUACCUCAAAGAUGUUUCACGUCUUGAUCCUAUUAUUCAUGUCAUUAUGCUUGCAGUACCACAAAUGGAAAACCACACUACAAAUCGCAGAAAAUCAAAACCAUGGACUCCAGAAGAAGAUCAAAGACUUUCAGAAGCUGUUGCUAUUCACGGUACAAAUCAGUGGGGCAACGUAGCUAGCAUUGUAGGAAAUGAUAGAACGCGCUCACAAUGCUCGCAAAGAUGGAAUAGAGUUAUAGAUCCACGUAUCUCCAAAGCAAAUUGGACACAGGAAGAAGAAGAAAAACUACUCAGAAUCGUCGCACAAGUAGGCGAUAGGCAAUGGACUAGAGUUGCCGCCGAAAUGGGUAAUAGAUGUGAUGUACAGUGUAGGUUCAAAUACAGAUUCAUUAUGAGUAAGAGAAACAAAGCGGAAAAUGAAAUGAGAAUGGCACAGGCAGCCAUGCCACAGCAAACGAAUUUAAAUCUUGACCAGAUGAAUUAA